AUGGUCAAAAUCGACCCGAUUUAUGCACAAGAACUACGAAGCUCCGGAGUUACGUUGGCCGCUGUGUACCUCGGCAGUAUUCCAGUCCAAGAAUCAAUGAGUGUGAUGGUCAGCGAGAUGAGGUCACAAGUUGUGGGAGAGUGCAUACAAAUAGUAGCGGCCAAAGUCGGACUGACUCCAGAGCGAGAUGUCAAUCCGAUUGUUGCACGGAUCAUCGGCGAAGUGAAACAAGAGAACUUCAAUGUCGACCUGAACAUCUCCUCAAAAAUGGUGAAAGUGAUAAGAUCGAGUCGUCUCAUUCAACGACACCCCCUCUCGUUCUUCUCAUUUGGCUCACAAGGACAACGUGGCACGGACACUGAGAACAUGUUCGGGUAUAUCGCCAAAAAUAAGAAUGGAGAGGAUCGACGAUGCCACGUCAUGUCGAGUAAAGCAGUUCAGAAGCUUCUGGAUACACUGGUGGCGGCGAUUCAAGUGAAUACAGAAGACGCAAAGGCCAAGGAGAUGGCUGAGAAUCCACAAGCGGCAAGCACGUCUGGAACGUCAGGCCCCUCAUCGACUGACCCACUCAGACCGCCCAAAUUCACUUGUACAGAAUACGUGGCACUCGGCAGAAUCACACUGGUUUAUGAGAAUGUCAAAAACCAACCGUGGUAUCAUGGACACAUUUCGCGGGACAUUGCUCAGUCGCUCAUUCGGCAGCCCGGCGACUUUUUGGUACGGUGCAGCGAUCAUACGACGGGAAAGUUUGUGUUGAGUGGAAUGACCGAGCAUGGAGAUCACAAGCAUUUGAUAUUGUUGGAUGAGAAGAAUCAAGUUCGAACGCCGGAGAAAACGUUUCCCACAAUCACGGAACUCGUCAGAUCCCACAUGGAAAACGGCCAGCCAGUUCGGUCGGAUGGGCCGCAAAACCAGACGGCGUUGAUGCUGGAAAAUGCAAUUCCUCGAGGAUGA